AUGAACAAUAAUAAAAGAUAAACAAUAGAAGAUGCUAUGAGAGCAGAGAAGAUUUAUUAAAGUCAAAACUAAUCAUCUUAGUAAUCUAUGUAUCAAAACUAUUAUGGAUAUAACUAAUAUAUGCCAUAUGGGUACUAGUAAAUGAUGCCAAAUCAAUAUUAAUAUAAUCAAUAUCAUCCAUAUAAUUAUCAAAUGUUACAAACCCAAUGUAUAUGAUUAUUUAAAGCUAGAACAAAACAAUCUCAUGGGUAAUCUAAAUAACAUUUACAGACCUUAGUCAUAGUAUCUCCAACAAUCUAAUCCUGCUUUAAAUACCCAAUAAAAAGUAUCCUAACCACUCUAACAAGUGAAUCAACAAUAGCCAUAGCAACCAUAAAAUAUUUAAUAAGUUCAAGAUUAAUAAUAAAAAAAUGCGAUGAACAAUAGGAUUGAGAAAGAGUAGAAUCAAUUUCUACCUCCUGUAGAUGUUUCAGAGUUGGAUCAACCUUCAAGAUGGGAAAAUGAAAUUAAGUUAUACUCUUACUUAUAUCGGAAGUUAAAUGUUGAAAUGCCUAAUUUAGUUAGUAUGACUAUUUUAAUAACCAAAAUAGGUGCGAGAUUUUGUAAUUCCAGAGAAAUAUUUAACGAAUAAUCCUCUGUUACUGUUAAAUAGUAUGUAGAGAGGGCAUUUAAUAAAUGUCAAUCUGAUGGAGAGCGAAAUCACAUGGAGCAAUAUUUAAAGACUACAAUUGCAGAAGCCAAACGCAAAAACGAAUACAGCAUAAGGGAUUGGUCUAAAUUUCCAUUGCCAACACUUCCUAGAGAGAAUUAAAUACGAAAUUAGUCGUUAUUUUCUUAACCUCUCCAAAUAAAACAAAGCACAGCUAUGGCAUUGAAUUCAUUAGGCUAAACAAGUAAAUUUGGGGCUCCAAGUUAAGCCCAACCUAUUGGACCAGCGUAAAGUAAUGGUUCUUAAUAAUAGAAAUUACAGCAUCUACUAGUAUUUAAAAUUUGAUGUCUUUAAACGAUUAACUGAAAUAGUAAUAAGUUGAUACUAUAAAUCAACAUCAUAUGAAAAAUAAGAAAAUUGACUAUAGCAUAGAUUUGGCAAUGCUAUAAUUCGGAAAAUUACAGCCCAAUGCAUCAAUAUAGAUUAAAUAACAAUAAAAAUAGAUUAAAAAAAAAAUAGAGGAAGAAGACCAAUUUAUUUCAACAAAUAUGAAAAUUACAGUAUUUUGGAAUUAAAUUUAUUUUUAAGGGAACUUGUGAAGACUUAGAAAAACCAUAUUAUAGACUUACUGGUUUGCCUGAUCCUAAUACCAUUAGACCAGAACACAUUUUAAAAAAGGCUUUAAAUCAUCUUCUGGAGAAGUGGAAGAACUAUUAGGCAGAUUAUAAUUUCACAAUCGAGCAAUUCAGAUCAAUAAGAUAGGAUUUGUUGGUUCAACAUAUAGAAAAUAGAUUUACAGUCUAAGUGUACGAAGAAAAUGCUAGAAUUUGUUUAGAAUGUGGAGAUUUCCCAAGAUAUGAAAGUUGUUGGACUAUGUUGUGUGAUUUGUACGACAUGAUAAGCAUAAGUGAAGGGAAGGAUGCCAAUUUCAUAGGAAAUAAAGUUGAAUUUGAUAGUUAUAGGAUUGUUUAUCUAACAAUGUUAAAUAAAUAAGAUUAAUUAGUCAAAAUAUUACAUUAGAAUCCUGAUGAUUAGAGAAUUAAAUUUGCUCUUGGGUAUAUAAAUUAUUCAUGAUUUUUAGGAUAAGAGAGUCUUAUAAAUGUGGAAAUUAUGUUAAACUAUUUAAGGAUUAUAAAGAAUCAAGUGAGACAAUGGGAAGUAUUAUUAAUCAUUUUUUAGUUAGAAUUAGAGUAAAAGCUUUGAAAUAAAUAGUAAAAACGUAUAAAUAAUAAAUUAUCUUUAGAUAUAUAUCAAAUAUAGAAUUAGAGUAUUUAGCCUAAUUGUUGGCAUUUUAGGAUGUUGACCAAUUCAGACAGUUUAUGUAGUAUUUUGGUAUCAAUAUAUUUUUAAAUCGAAAUAGAACUUGUAAGAUUUGACGAAACCUUGACAUAUUUAUUAACCAAACAAAGUAUAAAUGCCUUUGAUAAUAUUAAUUUCGAUAAGUUGAAUGAGUGA